CGCCGCCUGUGCUCGUCCCUCUCCCCCUGUCGCCCGCCGCCCCCAGUCGCCCGGGAGACGCGCCGCGAGCGCCAGCCGAGUCAGAGCCGGCUUCAUGGCAGCCGCGAAGAAGGCGGUGUUGGGGCCGUUGGUGGGGGCCGUUGAUCAGGGCACUAGCUCCACGCGCUUUCUGGUUUUCAAUUCAAAAACAGCUGAACUACUUAGUCAUCAUCAAGUGGAACUAAAACAGAAGUUCCCUAAAGAAGGAUGGGUGGAGCAAGAUCCUAAGGAGAUUCUGCAGUCUGUCUAUGAAUGUAUAGAAAGAACUUGUGAGAAACUUAGCCAGCUGAAUAUUGACAUUUCUGCUAUCAAAGCUAUUGGCGUGAGCAAUCAGAGGGAAACUACAGUGGUUUGGGACAAAUAUACUGGAGAACCCCUCUACAAUGCUGUUGUGUGGCUUGAUCUAAGAACCCAGGGUACAGUUGAAACGCUAAGUAAAAGAAUUCCAGGAAACAAUAAUUUUGUAAAGUCCAAGACUGGUCUUCCACUUAGCACUUAUUUUAGUGCUGUGAAACUUCACUGGAUCUUAGAGAAUGUGAGAAAAGUUAAAAAAGCGGUUGAAGAAGAAAGAGCUCUUUUUGGUACCAUUGAUUCAUGGCUUAUCUGGAGUUUGACGGGAGGGCCUAACGGAGGUGUCCAUUGCACAGAUGUAACAAAUGCCAGUAGGACAAUGCUUUUCAACAUUCAUUCUUUAGAAUGGGAUGUAGAACUGUGCGAGUUUUUUGAGAUUCCUAUGACAAUACUUCCAAAUAUCCGGAGUUCUUCUGAGAUCUAUGGUCUAAUGAAAAUCUCUCAUAGCCUGAAAGCUGGGGCCUUGGAAGGUGUACCAUUAUCAGGGUGCUUGGGAGACCAGUCUGCUGCUUUAGUUGGACAAAUGUGUUUCCAAGAUGGACAAGCCAAAAAUACGUAUGGAACAGGCUGUUUCCUACUAUGUAAUACUGGGCAAAAGUGCGUUUUUUCUGAUCAUGGCCUUCUUACCACAGUGGCUUACAAACUGGGCAGAGACAAGCCAGUAUGCUAUGCAUUGGAAGGAUCUGUUGCUAUAGCUGGUGCUGUUGUUCGCUGGCUAAGAGACAAUCUUGGUAUUUUAAAGUCUUCAGAGGAAAUUGAAAAGCUUGCUAACGAGGUGGGCACUUCCUAUGGCUGCUAUUUUGUUCCAGCAUUCUCAGGAUUAUAUGCACCAUACUGGGAGCCUAGUGCAAGAGGGAUUAUUUGUGGCCUUACUCAGUUCACCAAUAAACAGCAUAUUGCCUUUGCUGCAUUAGAAGCUGUUUGUUUCCAAACAAGAGAGAUUUUGGAUGCCAUGAAUAAAGACUGUGGAAUUCCACUCAGCCAUUUGCAAGUAGAUGGAGGAAUGACCAACAAUAAAAUUCUCAUGCAACUUCAAGCAGAUAUUCUUUGUAUACCAGUAGUAAAGCCUUCAAUGCCUGAAACAACAGCACUGGGUGCUGCCAUGGCGGCAGGUGCUGCAGAAGGAGUUGGGGUUUGGAGUCUUGACCCUGAAGAUUUAUCAGCCGUCACAAUGGAACGGUUUGAACCUCAGAUCAAUGAAGAAGAAAGUGAAUUUCGUUAUGCCACUUGGAAAAAAGCUGUGCAGAAAUCAAUGGGCUGGGCUACAGGACAGCCUUCUGCAAAUGCAGGUGACCCUAAUAUCUUCUGUAGUGUGCCAUUGGGCUUUUUUAUAGUGACUAGCAUGGUAAUGUUAAUCGGAGCAAGGUACAUCUCAGGUGUUCCAUAAGUACCUGAAUAUAUUCCAUGGACUCCUCGGAGGCAGUCUAUUUUUUAUGUUCCAAGAGAAUCUAGCAAUUCUUUCUCUUAAUGUGUUAUACUACCUAAUAGAACUUUAUUUUUAUUUAUAAGCCACAUGCUGCAUGUCCCAUAAGAACCCUAUGGGUAGUCUUGUGGCUUGAAUUAAAGAAAACACAGCAGAAAGAACUAUAGAAACACAUAGUGUAUUUCUUUUUAACAUCGGCAAUUAAGGUUGGGCUGGUUCUUUAAGGACAGUGAAGACCCUCAGUUAUUUUUAUCAUCUUGCCUUCUUCCCCUCAAGAUCUAAGAAAAACUAAGUUUCCAUUUAUGAUGAUUUCUCAAACAUUUUCAAAUGCUGAUGGAUUAGGAAUUUUAUACUCUGUGACUGCAAGUACUCAAUUGAGAUACUCCUAUACUGCUUUAAAAAAAAGAGGGUACAUUUUUGUCAUUGGUCACCAAAGAACUUCUUUGCUAUGUGGUAGGAAGGCCAAAGGCUCUAUACUUGAACAAUUCUUAAUUCUAAAAAAGGGGAAAUUUAACAAUAGCGUAGUUUCAAUAUUUUCCUAUAAAUUAUUUCACCAAACUGAAUUUCUUCAGUUACUUAAAUAUUCUCACCAAUGUAACUAAAAUCUCCAGUAUUUUCCUGGCUGUUAUAGGGAAGGACAUUUUCUUCCUUUUUGUCUCCUUUUCUUUCACCUCUCCUUUUUUUGUUUUUUUACUUUGUAUGGCCACAGAUUGUACAUAUACGGUGUAGCACCUAAAAAUAGUCAAAAUGGGUUUGAGUUUUAAGUGAACUACCAUGUACACAAAUAUUUUGGGGAUAAUGACUAUGUACAUUAUGGGAGAGUUGUUAUGCACAUUAAUUUCCAGGAGGUACUUUUUUCUUGAAGAGUUAACAACAUUUAUAAUUGAAAUACAUGUUCCAAGUCAGUAGAUGAAGACACACCCUAUUCUGGAUUCAACUGUGUCAUACUUUUUUAACUUAGAUGUCAUAAUUGGAUAAAUGCUGAAUAUUGUUUUAAUUUACAAGUAUUGGUCCAAAUAAAGACUUUUAUCUGACUCAAUUUUAGCUAUAUUGGGAAUCAUUAUUUAAAAAAAAAACCUGAAGAAAAAAAAUUAAUUUGGACAGAAAGUCAAAACAUUUCAUUAGGUCCAAAUGUGUUACCAACUUCACAGUAUAUAGUAAUUUUUACUUUGGAAGACAGAAUUAUUCCUGUUUAAUGUCUUUUAAAGAUUUCAUCUAGUCUUUCUUGAAGCUAAUUAAAACCAUCUUAAAAUUAAUUUAACUGUGUUUCUUCUUUAAUGACAAUGAGAAAAUAUUUAGUACCAAUAUAGACAAUGAAUUUCCAUACAACAUAUUUAACUUAACUGUAUUUUUAUAAUCGAGUACAAUGAAUUCUAAGAAUGUGGUUUUAAAUAAUGUUCACUCUUACAUGCACUUUUCCUUCAUUGAAUAUGUAUAAGGAUAUUUGCAUGUUUGAGGACAGAGAAGUAAGUAAUUCUGCCUCUACUACUAGACAUGCCCAUAAUUCUUGGAUGUACCUUUUUGUGCAAAAUUUUUUUCUUGUAAAUAAAAUCCAAAAUAUUAAUAAUCUAGUUAAUAAGCAAGACCUGUUUUUAUGUUUGUAUUGAGAUUUGUUUGCAAAACAGCAUAAAAAAGGGGGUGACCAAUAAAAUGUGAUUUUUUUUCCACAGUG